GCCACGGCGACGCUCCACCUCCUCCUAACGGUCAACAGCGACGUAAAAAGGAGAGAUUUGAAGUUGAAGACCCAGCUGAAGGAGAUAGACAAGCGCAAGGAGGGAGAGAUAGCGGAGAGGAACGGGGGAAAAGAGCCAUCGUUAAGAAACUGUUUCUCAGGCCUUUGGUCAAGUGUGUGAGCGGUAUCUCGCCUUGAGCUGCUCGGUGAGGUGGUGAGUAGUGGUCAGUUAGAAACUGAGAAGCCGACAGGAUAAAGAACAAAAAACCGUACUACUGCUGCUUCAUGGCGGUCACCCAAGCUGUGCUCCCUUCCUUCAGCUCCUUUUCAAACCUCACUGAUAUGAAAGUGUGGAAUCCCGAUGGCGGCUCGCCUCCUCUGGGCCCCGAGCAUCUGCAACUCUCCCAGCAGAUGACUGACGGGCUCCUGGACGACGACAGCCAGGCAUGCUGGGAUAUUGAGUUGUUCCUGUCCGAGUUGUGCAGCACAUCGCCUGAACUCAGUCCCUCCCUGGACCACAAUGCUGAGAUGUUGGAACAACAGCUGGACCCGGACAUAGUGUACCAGGCUGGAGGCAUGCUUAAAGACCGAGUGGGUCAGGACCAGACGGAUGGGUGUCCGAUGGCUGAGUUCAUACCUCCGACGGCCCAACAGGAAGUGUACCACCAAUAUUACAACAACGCCCUGGCAGGGCGGACGAAUGUCGAUCCGUUUGGUUUCUCCCAGGAGAGACCCAUCCCACCGUGGGAGCAGAACCCGUAUUACCCCCCUCAGCAACCUCCUUUGGUGCCUUACCACGAUGUCCGAUUGGUACCGAUCCACGCUGAAACCUCUGACCCUCGACACUACAGCUACCCGCUUCACUUCAACCACAACGCCAGCCUUUUCUGUGACUACACCCGCAGCCAGCCUCAUCAACAAAGGGUCGGACCGCAGCCGCCCCCCGGUGGGGCGCAGGUGAAGCGCGGGCGACGGUCGACGGGGAAAAAGACGGCAGCCAUCCACGGCUGUGACUACCCAGGAUGCAGAAAGACCUACACUAAGAGCUCCCACCUCAAGGCUCACCUCCGCACACACACAGGGGAGAAACCUUACCAGUGUUCAUGGGAAGGCUGCAGCUGGAAGUUUGCCCGUUCUGAUGAGUUGACCCGUCACUACCGCAAGCACACAGGGCAAAAACCCUACGAAUGUGUGCUUUGUCAGAGGGCCUUCUCACGCUCCGACCACUUGGCGCUGCACAUGAAGAGACACACCUAACGCUCAAAAUGGUGCUAUUCAAUCAUUUCACCAAUGACACAAAAAUAGAGCAAAUGUACGUAAUGGAACAAGAAAAAGCUGAUAUGUUGAUACUAAUAACAACACACACUUUUUUAUUAGGUGCAUGUAUGAUGUUUUUAACCUUUUCUUUUUAAAUUGCAUGCACAUGCGUCAAGGCCAAAAGUGUUGUAUGAAUGGAAACAGGUGGAUACACAGUUUAAUUAUUUGUACCUUUUACCAUCUAACAAAAUAGCAUGUAAUUGUUCUGCCUGGCAUAAAUAAAUGAGCAAACAUCAAUUAUUUGUAAAAUAAGGCAACAUUGAAAAUAGAGCAAAAAUACAUAGUGUAACAAUAAAAAGCUGAUAUUAAAGUUAAAGUACCAAUGAUUGUCACACACACAUUAGGUGUGGCGAAAUUAUUCUCUGCAUUUGACCCAUCACCCUUGAUCACACACUGGGAGGUGAGGGGAGCAGUGAGCAGCAGCGGUGGCCGCGCCCGGGAAUCAUUUUGGGUGAUUUAACCCCCAAUUCCAACCCUUGAUGCUGAGUGUCAAGCAGGGAGGUAAUGGGUCCCAUUUUUAUAGUCUUUGGUAUGACGCGGCCGGGGUUUGAACUCACAACCUACCGAUCUCAGGGCGUACACUCUAUGUUGAUACUAAUAACUAAUAAUAACAUAACAUUUUUUAAUCAGGUGUAAUGUUUUCUAGCCUUUUUGAAAAAUUACAUGCACAUGCGUCACAGCUAAAAAUGUAUGAAUGGAAACAAGUGGAUGCACAGGUUAAUUAUUUAUACCUUCUGAUAGCGAAAUAGCAUUUAUUUGUUCUGCCUGGCAUAGGUAAAUGAGCAAACAUACAUUAUUUGUAAAAUAAAGCAAAAAUGAAAAUAGAGCAAAAAUACAUAAUGUAACAAUAAAAAGCUGAUAUGUUGCUACUAAUAUCUUAACAUACCAUUUUUAAACUAGGUACGUGUAUAAUGUUUUUUGAAAAAAAAAAUUACAUGCACUUGCGUCGUGGCCAAAAAUGGCCAAAAAUGUAUGAAUGAAAACAGUUGGAUGCACAGGUUAAUUAUCUAUAUCUUCUGAUAGCGAAAUAGCUUUUAAUUGUUCUGCCUGGCAAAGGUAAAUUAGCAAAUAUACAUCAUUUGUAGCUAAUAACUACAGGGCAGGGUUUUCAACAAAUUCAUGUAUGUCUGGCGGUUUGUAGAAUAAAGCAAAAAAAAAAAAAAAAAGAGCAGAGAUGAAUUUCUUAAUUCAUAAGCUGAUAUGUUGUUACUAACAAGUAAUAAUAACCCAGCAGGCACAAGACAUUGAUACAACGUUGAUUACACAUACAUGUCCUUUAAAACUGACUUUGAAACAAUAUUGCAAAAUAGUUUGUGAAUUGAGACAACGUUGAUUUCUAACGUUGGAUCCACAUUGUUGGUUGGGAAAUUACCAAAUUUCAAAGGUCAAUUCAACAUCAGAACCCAACAUUGAUUAAACGUUGUCAAAAAGCAUGUUGUUCCAACGUUAUGUUUGAGUUGCUCAACGUCAGGACUUAAUUCUACAAGUUCUCAACAUUGUGCCUGCUGGGAACACACAUAUUUUUAAUUUGCUACAUAUAUAAUUUUGUUUGCCUUUUUGAAAAAUGACAUGCACAUGCGUCAUGGCCAAGUAUGCAAAUUAGACGAUGGCGUCAUCCAAACACCCUAAAGGCCUCCCCCUCAAACCAGUGUCACAAAUACAUGCAGUCUUAAGGCUAAACUCAGCCGUACACUGGAAAAAGAUGCCCCUCAUAAAAGAGUUAAAACAAUGUUUUUGCUUUUAGUAAGAAAAACAAUCUGCCAAUGGAACAAGUCAAAAUUGUCUUGGUAAGAUUUCUUGAAAUAUUUUAUUUAAGCUUUAAAAAUGUCAAAGUGAUCUUGAAAUUUGCAAUUUAAACUCAUUAGCUAUACUUACUAAUAUUGAAGUUUUGUGUUUGAUAAAAAAUUGUGGUGCUCGAAAAGUAGUAUUGUUAAGUUAAGUUAAAGUACCAAUGAUUGUCACACACACACUAGGUGUGGUGAAAUUUGUCCUCUGCAUUUGACCCAUCCCCUUGAUCACCCCCUGGGGGGUGAGGGGAGCAGUGGGCAGCACCGGGAAUCACUUUUUGUGAUUUAACCCCCAAUUCCAACCCUUGAUGCUGAGUGCCAAGCAGGGGGGCAAUGGGUCCCAUUUUUUUUAUAGUCUUUGGUAUGACUCGGCCGGGUGCCUAAAAACAAAUUCUUAUGUCUCCCUGAAAAAGUACUACUCAGGGGAUUGUGACUUGUACUAAGUUAGUUUGGAUAUUUUGACUAGAAAUGAGAAAUAUAUAUUUUUGGUCAAAUUAGAAGUUUUUCCAGUAUAAAUACUUUUCAGACCAUUAAGUAAGUGAAAUUGAGUAAUCUGCCACGGCCCAUUGGUUGGGCCUCUAGAUCAGGGGUCCCCAAACUUUUUGACUCUGGGGCCGCAUUGGGUUAAAACAAGUUGGCCGGGGGCCAAGCUGUGUAUAUAUAUAUAUAUAUUCCUCGCAGACUAAUUGACUGAAAGAGCGCGCACAUGCCGACACUGCGGCACGAGCGCGAUAAUGUCACAUUGUCGAUGGAAAAAUGCAUUUUUAGACAAUAUGAUUUGCCUGAGCGGCAAGGAGACACCGAGAGUAACAAGCGGUAGAAAAUUGAUUAGAAAGGACAUAUUUUUUUAAAUAAUAAUUACAAAAAAACAUUUUUAAACUUGGGACUUUCCGCAAGCUGGAUUUUGGAGACCCCUGCUCUAGAUUGACAGAGUUUUGGGAAAUUGUUGUCUUAUUUCUUGACAUAUUCUGUUGUCGAAUGUACUGGAUUACAUGGUUGGUAGGCAAAAUACACCAAGUCAAAUUAGGCAUGCUGUCUUUUAGAUGUUGUACAUUCAUGUUAGAAUGCAAGUUUAGCUUUGAUACUAAUUGUUUUAGAUUUUUGAUGCCUUAGCAAUUCUUAGCAAAAAAUAGGUAAUUUAUGAUCCAGAUAGGAGAACUAUAUAAUUUUUGUUGAAAUAUUCUUCAUGCCUCGAUCUUCAUUGUAUGACUCAAUUUACCAACCCCAAACUGGCUAAAUGUUUCAUUAUUGAUCAUCUGAAAAACAACAACACUGUACGCAGUGGGUGCACGUGGACAGUGAAGAGCUAACAAGACCUACUGAGGGCUGCGUAACUUUUCAAAUUUAGAGUUCACAUGAAGUCUUAACCACCUAUGAGAUGAUAUCUGUGUUUCUAACUUUGUAUUAUUGUCAUGCAAAUUGUUUAUAUUUAAAAGUGAAACUCAGGGUUGUGUCGAAGAAAUGUUUAUUCACUAUAUGAGUAUCUUUUGUCAAGUGACCCACAUAUUUAUUAACCAGGUUUUAUAUCAGUCGUACAAUUUUUGUGUUUUUAUGUUUUUUUAUAUUUACAAUUGCUUAAAAGUGUUUUAUUGUCACAUCCAAUAAAUAUGUGAAAUGA